AUGGCGACUGCUCUCAGGGUGGGAAUGCUGUCUACGUGGUCUGAUGUGAACAUGAGACAGUGUGUCCUCCCUAAGACGUGCAAAAAUGCUGAUGGGGUCGGGGGCAUAAGGAGAAAUUAUAAAGCUCCAGAUCUCGAAAAUGAGCCUACAAACCUAUCUUGUACGCCUAUAAAUUCCACGACUUUAAUGUUUUCUUGGACAAUUCCUGCCAAUGGGUUGUUUACUGUUAACGGAUACCAUCUUAACCUGGAAAGAAUAGACAAUGUCAAAGUGGAAACCUUCCCUCAAGUAGACACUGGAAGUGUGUACGUGGAAAAUUACACGUAUUACAAUAUAGGAAAGUACGCCGAAUAUAGGUUAACAAUGCACUCCUACACGGCCAGUGGGAACGACAACGAUGUGACCACAGAAUGCAGAACUCUUGAGGAUGCGCCAGAUGGCGGACCACCCACAGUAAAUUCCACCCGACAAUCCUACACAGAAAUAGCUGUAGUGUGGACAGAGCCAGGGCGAUACCAUCAUAAUGGAAUCUUACUGGGUUACAAAAUCGUUUACCAUGCCUAUCUCAGUCAGUUUCCACAAGAGAUUUUGGUUUCUAACACGACCUUUUCUCACACCAUCACCGGUCUGGAGUACGACACGUGGUACGUCAUCAGCGUCUUACCCUACACCGCGAUAGGGGACGGGCCUCGUACUUCAUGUCCCGAGAAAACUAUGGGUCCAACAACCAAAGCGCCAGAGGAAGUAACUAAAUACUAUUGCUAUGAAGCGGUACCGGGCCUUCUUGUAUUUUCCUGGGAGUCCAUGCCGUGCACAGUUUACGUUGGUACAAUAGCCGCUCUGUUCCUUCUGAUGUUGAUGUUCAUGUGCGCCUGUUGUCUCAAGGGCUGUUGUUCUGAUAAAAAAAAUGACACUCAGAAUAACAACACUACACACACAAAUACUGUCUUUAGAGAAAAGGUCCGAGUUGUCUAUGCUAUGAAUAAAUUUAAAAACAAAGGGAAAGGCGGAGGCGGAGAUGACGGACCAGAGGUCGAUGAUGGCACCGACUAUAACGACAAUGAAAAAGGAAGAAAGUAUGGAAAAGGAAACUCUAAUAACUACGAUAAUGACGAUGAUAACUUGGAUGAUGGUGAUGAUUUCGGUGGAGGAAAAAGAAAAGGCCCAAUGGGUAUACCAUUGAGGAGAAUGCCCGGAAGAGGAAGUAAUAACGAUUUCCAAGAAAACAAUGGGGACCCAGAUCAAAGAGGAAAUUCGGGGAGAGAAAAUCCACGGGGUAACCUUUUCAAGGGAGCGGGAAAAGCUGCUGCAACAGUAGCAGCUCUAAAAGCUCGUGCAAAGAAAAAUAACAACACAGUGACACCUAUGAACUUCGACGACGAAGGUUACUGUGAAGACGAAGACGACGAUGAUAAGGGAAAUGUGACGGCACGUGAUAUUUGGCUGUCCAACAAAAACCCGGGCAAGAAUUCCAACCCAGACUUUAGGAGGAAUAACCCACGAGGACCACAAGCGGCUCCGCCUGUAUUGGACAAAAGGUUCAAUAGGAAUGUUUCAGGAGUCGACCUUUAUUUACAAGAUGGUGAUGAUGAUGACAAUGACAAUUUCAAGCAUCCGCCACCUGCGCCUCGAUUUCAGUUGGGUGAUGAUGCCUCCGUAGAUAUGCCGUAUGACGGACCAGGGGGAGAAAAAGGGGGGUAUCCAUUCGGUGCUGAUGGCGAUGAUGCGGCAUUUUUCUAG